AUGACGUUGAUGAAGGGCGGGAAUGCAUUCUCAAGGCUGUGUGUGUACCUCAACGAGGACCCAGCAUGUCUACUUCGGGAGUUUGUGGAGGCUUUGCAGCCAUUGGACCCCAGCAGGCUGCUUUCAGUUUCCAUGGAUGGGCCCAAUGUGAACUGGAAGCUUUUGGACCUUCUCCAACAAGCCUACCAAGAAGACAGCCAUACACCAGCACAACUGGUGUCUGUAGGCAGCUGUGGACUCCACACACUCCAUAACGCAUUCAAGGCUGGAUUUUUGAUUUGGAAUCUGGAUAAACUUUUGAAGGCCAUGCACCAAGUUUUCCACCAAGUUCCUGCUCGGAGGGAGGACUACGAGAGGGUCACCAAACCUACGCUGUUCCCAAAGCCAUUUUGUGGCCACAGAUGGCUCGAAAAUCUCCCUGUGGUUGAACGAGCACUAGAGGUAUGGCCAUCUCUCCUACUGUAUGUCGAUGCUGUGCACAAAAAAAUGCUCCCAAACCCCAAGACGGCAUCCUUUGACACCAUUGAGGCAGCGAUCAAGGAUCCUUUGACUACAGCAAAGAUGCAAUUCUUCAUGUCUGUGGCCAGGACCUUCCACCCUUUCAUGAAAAAGUACCAAACUGACGAACCUGUGAUGCCGUUCCUCGCCAAAGACUUGGCUGAGUUGAUCAAGGCAGGAGACGAAAUCCACAUCCAAGAAGCCAUUGAGGAGACGACAGUGGGAAUCUAUGUUGUGAAACAUGAUGCCACCAGCAAACCAGAGAACAUCGGGAUUGUCUUGGAAGGACAGCAGGUAGUGCAGGAUCUGGACAGCGUUGCAUUGGCUGUGGCCAUGUUGUUCGGCUUGAUGUAUGCGCUCAACCUGAACUACCCUGAUGAUCUGAAGUACUCUUUUGAAGUGCUGCAGAAAAUUGUGAUGGAGCUGGAAGGCACCAUGCUUCGUAGGAAAGUUCAGGUUCUGAAAAACAGACUCUGUGAAUGAGCACUUGCAAUGGACUAUAUGGACACGUGCGGCUCUUGUACAUUUUAUGCCUUUUCAGGGCCCAAUUUCUACAGCUCUUUUACACUUAAUCCCUUGUAUGUUAUUCUUUGUUUUUUACUUUACAAAACAACUUGGCCAAAUGUUUUAAUUUAGAAUAUUUAAAAAAAUGCUUUCUAGGGAGCUUCAGUUCAAGUUCAGCUCUUGUACAUUUUAUGCCUUUUCAGGGCCCAUUUCUGCAGCUCUUUUACCUUUGAAGCUCAAGUUUGUUUCUGCUCCACACCCUCAUUUCCAAGCUAUUGUCAGGGGUUCUGGUGUUUGUGACUGUUUUUGAUUACCACAAGUUCUCACAAAGCUUUUGCUAUGCUGUAGCUUGCCUAUAGCACGUUUGCAAGUCUUUGCAUUUUGAAAUAAUAAAAAAAAUAGUGAAACA